AGUAAACAGCUCUCAUGAUUGUGCCUAUAUCACUGGACUCUGACCUGUUGUCUUGUACCUGUGACGAUAAUGUUCCAGAGACACAGCAAAAACGGCAUCAACAGAUUUCUUCUUCAGCACGAAGGACAAUGCCUGCUUGACUUGACGUUGUGUUUGUGAAUUCAGACCAGGAGAAAGCAGAGGAAGACUGCUCUACAGUCUGAACCACGCCCCUCACCCUUCCCAGCCUGCACCUGUAGGUCAACCCCCCUCCCUUGGGGUGGGCGUGGCUCCAGGGUUGUAGUUGUAGCAAUGAGCUUUAAGAGGCGCAGCAUAGGUGUGGUUCUGGUGGAGUUUCCGUAUCAGUACACAGACAGCAGUGGCAGCAUCAUCUCCAUCAAACCCAAUGAACAAUACCUCCUCCUGGAGAAGACCAGCGCUAGAUUGUGGCUCGUCUGCAAGGAUGAGAGUUCCGAGUUCUUCUACGUCCCUGACAACUAUGUCAGGGAACUUCCCAGCAGGUUCCCACUGGACCCUGCUGACCCCCCCAGACCAGAGACCACCAGAGUCCCUGAGACAAGAGGACAACACAAGACACCACAGAAGGCUGUCGCUAAAACGAGUCUCUCUGGAGAACAUGACAUGGACACCAAAGCUAAGAGGAUGAGACAGCAGAGACCAGCCUCACCUGUACCCAGCUGUGUGUCCAUGAAGAGUGACUGGUCUAUGGAUCGACCUAUCACAUUCAGUGAUGGAGGAGGACCUUCUAAUGAGGAAGGGAUGAGACAGCAGAGACCAGCCUCACCUGUACCCAGCUGUGUGUCCAUGAAGAGUGACAGGUCUAUGUAUCGACCUAUCAUGUUCAGUGCUGGAGGAGGACCUUCCAAUGAGGAAGGGAUGAGACAGCAGAGACCAGCCUCACCUGUACCCAGCUGUGUGUCCAUGAAGAGUGACAGGUCUAUGUAUCGACCUAUCAACUUCAGUGAUGAAGGAGGACCUUCUAAUGAGGAAGGAGAUCAGCAGGAGAAGUCUGAGUCAGACCAGAGUCACCAUGAGGACUUGUCCUCCAUAUUCACAGUGCUUGAGGAGACUGUUAUCAAGUUUGUGAAGAAAGAGCUGAAGAGGAUGAAGAGGAUUCUGAGUUCAGAUUUCCCAGAACGCUUAGAGAGUCAGAGGGAGGACCAGGAAGUGGUGGACCCUGAAUAUCAGAAGCAGGAGAGCAGUGCCAGAAAGGGAGCUCUGAAGAUCACACUGCACAUCCUGAGGAACAUGAACCAGAAGGAGCUGGCUGACACGCUGGAGAAAAAUGAGCGUGCUGAGAUUUGUCGACAGAAACUCAAAUCUGAACUAAAGAAGAAGUUUGAAACUGUGUUCGAGGGCAUAGCUAAACAAGGAAACCCAACUCUUCUCAAUAAGAUCUACACAGAUCUCUACAUCACAGAGGGUGAGAGUGGAGAGGUCAAUAAAGAACAUGAGGUGAGACAGAUUGAGACAGCAUCCAGGAAAUCAGCAAGAACACAAACAGCCAUCACAUGCAACAACAUCUUUAAACCCUCAGCUGGACGAGACACACCUAUCAGAAUUGUUCUGACCAAAGGAGUUGCUGGCAUCGGAAAAACUGUCUCUGUGCACAAGUUCAUCACAGACUGGGCUGAAGGACUAGCCAAUCAGGAAAUCCAGUUCAUCUUUCCUCUGCCGUUUCGAGAGCUGAAUUUGUUGGCUGGAGAGGAGUUCAGUCUGAUGGAACUUGUCCAUCACUUCUUCUCAGAAACCAGACAAUCAGGAAUCUCCAACUACGACAAGUACAACGUUCUGUUUGUCUUUGACGGUCUGGAUGAGUGUCGACUGCCCUUAGCCUUCAAAAAGAACAAGAGCUGGUGUGAUGUCAGAGAGUCCACCUCAGUGGAUGUGCUGCUGACCAACCUGAUCAGAGGAAAGCUGCUUCCCUCUGCUCUCAUCUGGAUCACCACUCGACCUGCAGCAGCCAAUCAGAUCCCUUCUGACUGUGUUGACCUGGUGACAGAGGUACGAGGGUUCGAUGACCCACAGAAGGAUGAGUACAUCAUGAAGAAAUGCAGUGAUGAGAUCCUGGCCGGGAGAAUCAUCUCACACAUCAAGACAUCAAGGAUCCUCUACAUCAUGUGCCACAUUCCAGUCUUCUCUUGGAUUACUGUUACAGUCCUUGAACACAUGCUGAGAACAGAGAAGAAAGAGAAGAUGCCCAAGACCCUGACUGAGAUGUACACAACCUUUCUGGUGUUACAGACCAAACAGAAGAAGGUGAAGUAUGCUGGGAAAACAGAGACCGAUCCACACUGGGAUGAAGAGAGCAUUCAGAGUAUUCAGUCACUGGGAAAACUGGCCUUCCACCAGCUGGAGAAAGGCAAUCUGAUUUUCUAUGAGAAAGACCUGACAGAGUGUGGCAUUGAUGUCCAUGAUGCCUCAGUGCACUCAGGAGUGUUCACACAGAUCUUCAGACAGGAUGGUAAAGUCUUCCAGGAGAAGGUGUUCUGCUUUGUCCAUCUGAGCUUUCAGGAGUUUCUGGCUGCUGUGUUUGUGUUUCUCUCAUUCAUCAACAACAAUGAGAAUCUGAUGUCUGAGACUCCAUCAACUUCCAGCUCCAACAAACUGUUGGCUCUUUUCAAAGAGAAACCAGAAGUCAGAUUCUACAAGAGUGCUGUGGACAAGGCCUUGCAGAAUAAGAAUGGACAACUGGACCUUUUUCUCCGCUUCCUCCUGGGCCUCUCAAUGGAGUCCAACCAGACUGACUUACGAGGCCUACUGACUCAGACAAGAAGCAACACAGAGAGCCAUGAGAAAACAGUCAAGUACAUCAAGAAGAAGAUCAGAGAAGAUCCCUCUGCAGAGAGAUGCAUGAAUCUGUUCCACUGUCUGAAUGAACUGAAUGACCAUUCUCUGGUGGAGGAGAUCCAACACUACCUGAGCUCAGGAAGUCUCUCCAGUGAGAAGAAGCUCUCAUCUACACAGUGGUCAGCUCUGGUCUUUGUGUUGCUGACUUCAGAAGAGAAGAUGGGCGUGUUUGACCUGAAGAAAUACUCCAGAUCAGAGGAAGGUCUUCUGAGGCUGCUGCCAGUGGUUAAAGACUCCAAAACUGCUCUGCUGAAUGACUGUAACCUCACAGAACGGUGCUGUGAAGCGCUGGCCUCAGCUCUCCCCUCCUCAGAUCUGACAGAGCUGGACUUGAGUAUCAACAACCUGGGGGAUUCAGGCAUGAAGCUGCUCUCUGCUGGACUGGGGAAUCCACUCUGCAAGCUGGAGACACUGAGGCUGUCAGGCUGUCACAUCACAGAGGAAGGCUGUGCUUCUCUGAGCUCAGCUCUAACGUCAGCCUCCUUCCUGAGACAACUGGAGCUAAGUAACAAUGAUCUGAAGGAUGCUGGCAUGAAGGUGCUCUCUGCUGGACUGGGGAAUCCACUCUGCAAGCUGGAGACACUGAGGCUGUCAGGCUGUCAGAUCACAGAAGAAGGCUGUGCUUCUCUGGGUUCAGCUCUGAAGUCAAACCCCUCCCUUCUGAGAGAUCUGGAUCUAAGCAACAGUGACCUGAGGGAUUCAGGCAUGAAGCUGCUCUCUGCUGGACUGGGGAAUCCACUCUGCAAACUGGAGACACUGAGGCUGUCAGGCUGUCACAUCACAGAGGAAGGCUGUGCUUCUCUGAGUUCAGCACUGAAGUCAAAUCCCGUCCUGAGAGAACUGGAGCUAAGUAACAAUGAUCUGAAGGAUGCCGGCAUGAAGCUGCUCUCUACUGGACUGGGGAAUCCACUCUGCAAACUGGAGACACUGAGGCUGUCAGGCUGUCACAUCACAGAGGAAGGCUGUGCUUCUCUGAGCUCAGCUCUGAAGUCAGCCUCCUUCCUGAGACAACUGGAGCUAAGUAACAAUGAUCUGAAGGAUGCCGGCAUGAAGCUGCUCUCUGCUGGACUGGGGAAUCCACUCUCCAAGCUGGAGACACUGAGGCUGUCAGGCUGUCACAUCACAGAGGAAGGCUGUGCUUCUCUGAGCUCAGCUCUAACGUCAGCCUCCUUCCUGAGACAACUGGAGCUAAGUAACAAUGAUCUGAAGGAUGCCGGCAUGAAGCUGCUCUCUGCUGGACUGGGGAAUCCACUCUGCAAGCUGGAGACACUGAGGUCUGUAUUUAUGUUCUACAUGAGACAUUAGUCAAGUUAAAAUGUCACACCACACACUGAGUCACACACCACACACUGGUUGUAAAUGUGUGGUCUAUUAAAGGUACAAGGGGGCCGGAAAAGACUAUCCAGGGCAGGCUAGGUUUGUCGUUGACAAGGCAGAGCCAUUCAGGUACAGGGCAGCAGGCAGACUCAGAGUCAGGGCAGGCAGGAUGUAAGGACCAGAGGAACUAAGAGGCAGAAAAGACAAAAGGAGGUAGAGUCUAGAGAGGAGGUAGAUCUACCUGGUAGACAAAAACAUGCUGGUACUAUAGGCUUGACAAACAAGAAGAACUGUCCCCAAACAGAAAACACAGGGAUAAAUGAGGGUAGGAAGGAAGAUGGGAGACACCUGGAGGGAGUGGAGACAAACAUGAGAUGGGUGAAACAGACCAGGGUGGGACAGGAAUCUGUUUAAGACAUACUACUUCAUUAUAUAAUUGUAGACAGACAGUAUACUGACAGACCUGCUAUUGGAUGUAAUAUGUAUUACUUUCUUCGUGCAUUGUACUACUAUAGCUCUGGAAAGAAUGAGGAGACCACUGCACCUUUGUCUUCCCUUUUUAAAAAAGUAGAGAAGGACGAUUUCACCCUUCUGUUCUUCCCUCCAUUUGGUCCUUCUCCACUUUUUUAAAUAGGAAAGAAAAAGGUGCACUGCAUAUACAAUGUCAGACACUAUAGUUUGGUACGAUUCCAUUUGAGAUAAAAGGAAAGUCAGCAAACCUGGACAGACAGUCCUCUGAUUGAUCAAAACUUCUUGGUGUUUGAGAGGAAAAUUCAUAUUAUUCAUUUCUACAUCCAGAGGGUAUUAGUGUUUGUAAUCCUUCUUAUAAUCAUAAUACAUAAUAGAUGUACCUCAGGAUGACCACAUGAUGUCUCAGGAUACAAUAGACAGGAUCGUUUUCUGGAAUAUUCCAAGGGAUCAAUUCAGCUCAGUGAAAUCAGCUUUUAAGGCAGGUUAAUAUUUCACAUUGGUUACUGACUACCAUGUCAUUGUGUUCAAAUCAAAUGUUACUUCUAGAGCCCUUUCUACAAGCAAUGUCUCAGAGGGAUUCACACACGCCCAUAGAACUGCCCUAAACCAACCUAAUCUCUCAAGGAAGUGUAGAGGAAGUUUUGAAGACACUGCGUGAAUAGUUAAGAUGCCGGAUUAAUACACAUUCUUUAUUCUGUACAGUACAUUACCAAACAGAACGCUCUGUGACCAGUCAUACCGGAUGACUAGAAGUCGUUCGGCAGAGUGAUGACAAACACAAAACACAUGUCCAAGUCUUUUAUUGUCA